AUGAAUAAAAAAUCACCAUAGAAGCCAAAACAAUAAUAUUCAGAAGAUCAAUUUGAGCAGAAAUUAAAAGAAAAAUAUGGAUAGAAUAUUAUUUAUAAGAAUCCAAUUAGUUACACCUAAAUGAAAGAUUUCAAUUUUCGAAAUCCUUCUUAUGGAGUAACAGUAGAAUACAAUUUCUUACAAAAAAUCCAAGACUAAGGCCUUUUGGAAAGUUCAUAACUUUAAUUUUUCAUGAAUGUAUUCAAAAAAGCAUACCAAGAUGUUAAAUUAGCUGCAGCUUCUUGUUACUUUUUUAGUGACUUGAUUGUAACAUAAGAAUAAGCGAUAUAACCUUAAUAGUAGCCUAUAAUUUUUAAGUUGGAUUGGAAAAGGCCUACUGUUCAAGACACACCUUAGGAGUAAAAUAAAAUUCAGGAACCUCCUAAACCAACUAUUGAAAAAGAUUUGUCAUCUACCUAAAAUUAUUAAUUACAAAAUAAAUAGAAUAGUCAGGAAAUUUAGAAGCUUUCAAAGAACGAUAAUAAUCCAUCCGAAAUAGAAUAAAGUAAAUAAUAAAAAAAAAACACUUCAAAGAAAGAUGCUGAAAUACAAUCACCUAAGCAUCAAAACUAAUAGCCUCUUAAUUCUUAAGAAACUUAAAGUAAACCUUCAGGGCAAUAGCAUCCUCGUUCUGAGAUAAUAUAAUCUAAACCGCAAUAAGAUCCUAAAUCUUAAGAAGUAUUAAGUCAAACUCAACAGCAAGAUUUUCAUCAUAGUAAUAGGAAAUAUAAAUAACCUGAUAAUAAAUAACAUACUUAAGAAAAAGCAUUUCAAUCUUAAAUUUAAGAUCCUCAUAAUGAUUAAACAGAAUUAGUAAAUCCUCCAAUGUAUUAGCUUAAUAAUACUUAAGAAAUAUAAAUUGCCUCUAUAAAGUAAUAAUCCACUAUUUCUGAAGAAACAUAAAGCAACUCUCAAAAAUAUUCAAAAGAAUCUUAACAAUUUGUAGAUGUAUAAAAAGACUUCUAAUAGUAAGAACACCAUUAACUAAAUUAAAUCAAAAAUUAGCAUGAUGAAAUAAAUGAUAAAUCUUUGUAAUCAAAUUAGAGUAAUCAAAAAUAAUAAGUAAUAGGAUAAGUAAAUCAGCAAACAUAAUAAACUGGUACAUCGAAUCAAAAACCAACAAAUCAUACAUCUCAGAUAAAUACUUCAUCUAAAGAUUCAACAUAAAAAAAACCAUAAAAUGAUUCAACUGCAUACAAAUCUAAAGAAUAAAAUCAAAAUUGGCAAGUAACUUAGGAUCAAUAACAUUUAAAUCAAGUUGCAGCCAAUUAGGAUAAUUCCCGAGUUAAAGCUGACCAAAAUAAAUAAGCAUUUUAAUAAAAUUAAAAAGAAGUACCAGAAAGUCAGCCUCUAAAUUAAGAACCUGCAUAAAAAACCUACCAUUUUCAAUUUACUAGUUAAGCUAUAGAAUAAAAACCCUAAAAAGAAAUACUUUCGAUGCCACAACUUGGUCCAUUAAUAAAAUAAUUUGCAGAAAAUAAUAAUUUAUCAGAAAAUCAAUUAAAAAACUAAGAUUAUUGGUUUUUCCCAAUAAAUUAAUAAUAAACUCAUUGGGUUAGUGCAGUAGUGCAAUUCAACCCAAAAAAGAUCUAUUACUUUGAUUCUUAUUAUGAAAAAAUUGAUCCUUUAAUCAAAAAAGGGAUACAUUAAAUAUUAGAAUACUGUAAUUUUAACUCAAAUGAUUUUGAAAUUAUCCCAUACUAUAAUCGAUAAGAAAAUUGUUACGAUUGCGGCAUAUUUCUGUUGCUUUCUCUCCUGUAUACUUUAAGAAGAAAAGAAUAUAACUACAAUUAAAUAUUGAUAAAUAAUUGGCUGUUAUUGGAGCUUAAGUAGAGAUAGAAAAAGACUUUAUGGAAGAAUUAAUUAGCUGAAGCUCAACCUUUAACAAUAUUUAUUAUAUUUUAAUUAUAUUUAAAAAUUAAUCCUAUUACGAAUGAAAAAGGAAGCUAAUCAUAAACCUUAACUCAAACUUGA